AUGGGAUGCUGCCAUUCUCAACUUGAGCCUAUUAGGCCAAGUCUCCCCAGCUUCCCUGGCUCCCUUACUUCUACUUUCAGUCGCCAACGUUUCAGCUCAAUUUCCCAGUCCAACUCUCCUCAGCUUUUCAGCAAUAAUUUUCUCUACCUCUUCGAUUGCAAAGACAAUAAAACUCGGUUGACUCUUUAUGACACAGUUCUCCGCGACAUGGGACAAAGAUUCAUCCAGACUCCAGAGCCUCUUGACAAAUAUACCUCAACCGCACAGUUACCGAACUCAGAAAUAUUUUGCUUUGGAAACCACGAUCCCUCUUCUGGAUUUGCCUGUAUCAUUGACAUGAAGCAGCUAAAAGUCAAAAAAACAUUGCCGCCUGGGGCUCCGUGCAACUCAGUAGCCGCAGUUUAUUAUAAAAAUUCUGUCUAUAUAUUCGGAGGAUUUGACGGAAGCAAGUCCACAACGCUUGCUAACAGAUUCGAUUUGUCGCUAAAUAAAUGGAAUAAAUUGGCGCCACUCCCAAUGGAGUCGUUUAAUUGCUCAUGUAUUGAAUUUAAUGAGUGCAUUUUGGUGUCAGGGUAUUAUCAUACCAAGGUGUAUAAAUAUGAUUUAACGCAAAAUAAUUAUUCGGAAUUAAGUGAGGCGGUGGUUGAUGGAGAUAACCAUAAGAUUUUGGCUGUGGCGAACUCUAGGGCUUAUAUAGUUGAAAAUUAUGGGUUUAUUUUGGAGAGUGAUGAAAUGAAUGAGAUGGUGUGGAGGAAAAUAGGAAAAUCAACACUUGUAAGCUGCAUUUUGGUCGUGAUUUUUUCUCAGCAGACAUUUUCUCAGCGUAUUAGAUAGGAACUGGUUUACUCCUCAGAUAUUUGUUUUACAAAAAUAGUAUUUCUCAGCAGAGGAAAUUGCUACAAGAGAAAAUAUCCCAAGAAAAGAUAUAUAGCCUCAACACUCACGAGUUUUGCACAGCAUUACUGGAUAUGGAAUGAUGGGUCUCUUUUUAUUGGGCUCAUCCACUGGUAUGCUAGCGAUUAUUUUUAUGAUUUUUAUCAAUUUGAGUUGAGAGAGAAAAAAUUUGAGAGAAUUGGUGAAUAUGAAAUUAAGGUGUAA